AUGGGUGGAAAGCAGACCAAAGGCCAGGAGCCUGGAGGAGCCAGCCCUCAGCACAGCUGGAAGCGGACACCCACCAAGGAGCGGGGAGACAUCUUGGCCUCCUUCAUGCUGAAGGACCGGCUGACCCGUGGCGGGACGCCGCCGCCGCCCUACCAGCGUCGCAUCGGCAUGAUCCAGGAGAUGAUGCUGAUGGCCAAGCAGGGCAAGCAGGAUGAGGCCACAGAGAUGCUCAAGACGCUCCGACAGGACCUAGGCAUGGAGUCAACAUCGCUGGAUGACGUGUUGUACCGCUACGCCAGCUUCAGAAACCUGGUUGACCCUAUCACACACGAUCUGAUUAUCAGCCUGGCACGAUAUGUCCACUGCCCCAAGCCGGAAGGCGACUCUCUCGGGGCAAUGGAGAAGGUUUGUCGUCAGCUGACGUACCACCUCAGCCCCCACUCUCAGUGGAGGAGACAAGGCCUGCUCAAGAGGAAACCUCAGGCCUGUCUAAAGGUGGUGCUGUCGGCCCCGCCAUCCAGCGGCGCCUUGGAUCUGUCAGGCAUCCCUCUGACAGCUCGAGACAUGGAGCGUCUGUGUUCACACCUGCAGCAUCAUGCGUCCACGCUGGUCAGCAUGGAGCUGGGCUUCACAGAGCUGACAGAUGAGGCUUUCCUCCUGCUCCUGCCCACGCUGGCUGCCCUGCCACGCCUGGAGACCCUGGCACUGAACGGAAACAGGCUGACCAGAGCUAUUCUGAAGGAGCUGACCGAUGCCCUGAAGGAUCCAGGAAGUUUCCCUAGCGUGACAUGGAUUGACCUGGGCAACAAUGUGGACAUCUUCUCCCUGCCACAGUCCUUCCUGGUCAGCCUGAGGAAGCGCUGCCCCAAGCAGGGCAACCUGCCCACCAUCCUGGAGUUUGGAGAGAGUCAGGCUAGCGACCCCCCCGAGAGGCUGAAGGGGCUCGGCGAAGAGGAAGAGACAGAGACAGAUGACACCAACCGGACUGAGAGCAUGGGUGAACUCCGGUCAGAGGUGGAAGAGGAGCUGGAUGGAGAGAUGGAGAUAGAGGAGAUGAUGGAAGAGCUGCUGGACUUUGACAGGGAGGUGCAGGGAAAGGAGGACGAGGAGGAGAGCAUGUGGACCGUAGGGGAGCAGAGAAAAGAGUGGAGGAGGAGGGGGACGAGUGGGGAGAAGGAGGCACGUGGACAAGAGAAGCAACCUGCGAGGGGGCCACUGAUGGCAGAGGACGAGGACACGCAGAGCGGACGACUUGACUGA